AUGUCGAAGUACCCGUACGGAUACGGUGGCGGCCAGUGGCCUACGCCUCCGGUUGGCGCACCGGCAUAUGGAUAUCAUUCCCCAGCACAGAAUUUUCCUGGAACUCCUUCGCAUCACGGACCACAAAACCCAAACGUCCUGCACAGCAAUUAUGCGACAUCCCAGACCGCCUUCGACCACAACAUGCAUACCGCUUCUAGAUAUAGCAUACCAAACUCGAACCCUGCGACCGCGAACACAUAUCCCGUGCCAGGAAGCUGGGACCCGUUGGCUGCGUCUCCAAACUACCUCCCCAGCCAUCCGCCUCAACAUCUCGAUCAGUCAUCAUCUCUCCAUGCCCAGCAGCGACUGUCAGCGCAACUGUCGGCGGCAGUGAACUCGUUGCGAGAGGACCAAACCAAGGCUCCAGAACAACUUGAUGAUGUCGUGGAAGACGGCGAGGUCAGCGACGGCGAAUUCGAAGACUUCUACGAGCCUGCCGAACCUAGCCUGGCCGUCAAAGCACAGCCUAGGCCCGAUUUCUCUGUUGACAAUAUGGAGAGAGACGAGGGCGAGAUUAACGGGAGUGGGUCGGACCUUCAAGAUGAUGCCUUUUACGAGGACGAGCCUGGAGAAGUUUCUGAAGACACAACUGUUCAAAAAGGGUCAGAUUCUCAGAAGGAGUCAAGACCACCCGUCGGAGAAGGACCCUCAGGAGCAUCAAAUACUCGUGAGCGAUCGGGCUCCUAUUCUCCAUAUCUGUCGCCUCGGGAGGUGCAUCACGAGGAUGAAGCGUCCGACGAGUCAAUGCAAGACGCGGGCCCCAGGCUCACUCAAACUAGCCAAACUACUAGUGCCGCACCGCAAGUAGUAUCGAUGGACACGGAUACAACAGGCUCAACUCUUGCAUCUACCCAUGGAGCUUCGAUCAACAUUGACAAUACGACCGCCGAUGCAUCUUAUGAAGGCCCUGUUUACAGCAGUGUGCAAGAUGCCAAGAAGGAAGCACAGAAAGCAAUUCUCAGACUCUAUUCUGCUGGUGUCAAGUACCAGAACUACAUUGAUGAAGGAUUUGAUGAAAACCUCAUGAAGACCCUUUUCGCUGAACUGGGCCUACAGCCCGGAACCUCAAAACACACUCAGCAGCCGAGCGUCAAGGAGAAUUCUUCGGUAAAUGUUCCGCCUCCCCAGGUCCAUAAGUCUGGAGGUGACGGGUUUGAGGAGCGGAAGGAUCGCAUAGCGCGCCUGCUCGCAGCUAGGAAAUCGAAAUCGGCGCAGCUACCACCCCAAACGAGUCACAGCUCUGCAGCAGCGCAGCUGCCCCGUAAAGAUGCCACAGCCACAGUUCCUGCCAAGCCCAAGACGAAGUCGGCCAAGGAGCUUCUUCUGCAGCAAAAGCUCGAAGCUUUGCAAAAGUCUCGCCAAGAGCGUGAAGCUCGUGCUCGAGCCAAUACCGAACAGUCCAGCAUGGCUACCGCAACAAACGCCCCGACCUCCACUGCGAACCCACGGCCGGAAGGAAUGAACACUACCCCAGACCCCCUCUCAAAUGCCGCGAGUGCGCCUCAGACACCGUCUGAUCUGCCUCGCACCGGGGAGGCUUUGCUUCAAGGGUUAUCCUCAGCCGCCAACGCCCCGAUGACUAUCCGCAAGCGACCGGUUGCCUCGGAUUUUGUCGAUUAUUCGGCAACCGUAGGAUCACUGAAGCGACCCUAUGGGCAGCAGCGUCAUGAAUCCUCUCUUGUCAUCGACAUAAGCGAUGCUUCUGAUGACGAAGAUAUCGAGAUGGAGGUCGAUUCCCAGGCAGACGAUGCGGACGACGAACAUCCUCAUCGAUCAGAUGGUGCUGCUCGAAAGGGGCCGUCUGUUCGUGACUAUGCGCCACUGUCAGAUACGCUUCCCCCGCGUCAAUAUGCCAGUUCAACCUCGUCCAUUCAAACUCCGCCAAAUGGUUUCAGCAAUGGUAAUAACAAAGCCAAGGAGGACGAGUAUAGUCGGAAGAUGAAGGAGAUUGAGGAGAUGAAGCGAAGGAUUGCGGCCUUCGAAGCGAAGAAGGCAAGAAAAACUCCAAGUGGGUCACAGACGCCUACUAGAGCUGAUGAAACUCCUGAUGCGAGAGAGGCCGGACCCGGCAUCUCAGCAACGUCGGCAGAUGAGGCCAGCAAGAAUAGCGACGGCCCCUCCGCCCAGCUCAUUUCCGAAGCGGUCUCAGCCCGUUUACCCAAACGGUCUGAUAGCACCCUUUCUCACCAUGACCGCCGUGAUCGCAUCGUGAGCGACCAGAUACCCAAAUUGGACGCAAGCCUACGACAAAAGAUGGCAAAGCUGAGGCUUCUGCAGGACACCGUGGCUCAGCUUCAGGCGGAGGUGGAUCAAAGCAUGGCAGAGAAGCAGAAGCUGGCAGAGGAAGCCGAGCAACUGGCCAAAGAAUGCUAUGUCGGCUCCCUUGAGGAUGAAGCUACACCCGCAGAAGACUCUACAGUGUCACAUACUACCGAACACCCCGCUUUAGAGCACAGCAGAGAAUUGGAGGCAGUGCCGGCCGAAGAGGAUGUCGGAAUGUCCCUAGUCGAUCAGGAGCCGGAUGGCGAACCUGAAAUCAGCAAAGACGACUCUGCCACGACCCCAGCGGAGACCCAAUCAGUGCCGGAUCUCGUCACCAGCCAAGCUGAGCCGAUUUACUCACAAGAUACCCCCUCGCAAGAAGCGAACGCCAUGACUCUCGACGUCGCAAACAGUGUGCCCCAAGCUAACGAAACUGAGCCAUACGCCGCCAAUGAUACGGCACGUAGCGAGUCAAAGGCAUCCGAGCCUAUGGACGAGGAUGAACAAUCCGAUGCUUAUGAGCCCCACGAACCCGUUGACCUGUCGCCUUCCGAGCAUGUCGGCCUCGACUCGUCUCAACCCAGCCCGGCUUCAGGUGACGGCCUGGCAGAUAAGAAGGCCGUCCUCGAUACUGACUCACAGGAACAACAAACCCAAAUCCCCUCUCAGAUCUCGGCUGUGGUCCGGGCGAGUCCCGAAGUCGAGUCUGGACUUCGGGAGAAUACUGCUCGAGAAGUACAAACCGAUUCUCCGAGAGAGCCGGGUCAGACCACCCUAACUGUUUCGCAGACUACCCAAGCCGUCAUCUCGAAGACAAAUUCGUCUUUCACGCCCUACGACAGCCCUCUGAAAUACUUCCGUGCUUACCGCUUCCACCCUCAAUAUGAGGAAUUUGUUGCUGGUGGUCUCAGGUCCCUGACUUACAACAGCAAGAUCAAGCCGCACGUGCAGAUUUGCCCUCUUGAACUGGAGGAGACUGAGUGCCCUCGGGGCGCCUCGUGCGAGUUCCAGCAUUUCAGGUCAAUGCCCCUCAAAGAUGACCAGAUCCUCGUUGAACUCGGGAAGUCUGACGACUUCUCGGGCGAGCAAAAGGUGCGCUUCGUCCAAGGCCUUCGAGAGGUCCUUCAGCAAUUCCGGGCGGGCAAAGUCAGAGAUUUCGAUGCGAUUGCCCAUGGGAUCAUCGAGUACCGUCGACGAUUCAUCGGGGACAAUACGCGGGUCCUGAGCCAGCUGGAAGGUGUUUCUCUCUGA